AUGUCAAAGAUUGAUCCACCGGUUACUCAGACAGACUAUCAAAUGGAGGAUAAAAAAAAUGUGACAGCGACGCAACAACCGCUCACACAGCAACAUCUAAUGGCACACCAUGUCCACCCUGACCAAAUAUAUUCACCACAGCAGUCACAGUUACCGGUGCAUUUAAACAACCAGUUCGCACAAAUUCAACCCAAUGGCGUCAUGCACCAGCUAUUGCAAAGUCAAUAUCAAUCCAACAUGAAUGCACGAUCACCGCUCCUUGAAAACAGACACGAUAUGUAUGGUACUGGAAAAAACCACGAUUACGCUAGACAUUACGGAGCUAAUGACAAUUAUAAUUAUACACAGUCGCCUCCUAGACUAGAAAAAACACUAAUCCACGUAGAUCAAAAUGUUAAUCACGAACUAUUGCAAAAUAUGCCUAAAGGAUACAAUGCAGAAGUUUAUCAAGAUUAUUUAAAACGAAACCCACCGAAAGAUAGUAACCAAAUAUACCAAAACCAUCAACAUACCUAUAGGCCUAAUGUUAAUCAGUACGGUUCAAAGCCAUAUCUACCGUAUUCAAAUAGAAUAGGACCACAAAGUAAUACCGAAUUAUUAAGAAGACAGUACAAUGAAAUACAACAAAUGAAAAUACAGCAACAAAUGCAUUAUCAAAAUCAGGCUCAAAUGCAUCAACAACAAAAAUUCGCAGAACGGCAGUUAUUGCUACAACAGAUUCAUGGAGUUCAACCGCCACCAAAUUUGCAAAAUAGUAUUUAUUCAGAUAGUUCAUAUCGAGAUUUAUACAGUAGCAAAAAUGAUUUUAAAGAUUAUAGUAGUCCAGAUUUACAAAAGGAUAUUGAUAUGUAUGCCAAAAACAAUGAGUAUAAAGAUAGAGAAAUACCUAACAGGCAGUAUCAAGAAACGCAAUGGCAAUCAAAUCAGGCUGAUUUUCGGGAGACGGAAAGACAAAACAUACAAGACCAUGGCAAGUCUAAAUGUCACUCUUCACCUUCCGAAUAUAACAAUCAUAAGAACAGUUCUGGAAUGGUCUCACCGAUGAAAUCAAGCGACUCAAGUACACCUAGUAUAAAAUCACCUUCUUUGGAAAGUCGACGGAGUAGUAGUGGUACUCAAGCUUUACGCUCUCCAACGGCCCAACGAAUACCUUCGGCCCCUGUAACUAUGGCUGGACUACUAUAUAAACAAGGAUCUGAUGGUCUGAAAGUUUGGCGGAAGCGGUGGUUCGUGUUAUCAGAAUACUGCUUGUUCUAUUAUAAAAGUCAAGAUGAAGAAAAACUUCUAGGAUCAGUUCUUCUACCAUCGUACAGAGUAUCUGCGUGCACUGCAGAUGAUAAAGUAAUGCGGAAGUAUGCUUUUAAAUUGGAACACGCAAAUAUGCGGACGUAUGUGCUAGCUGCGUUAGACCAGGAAGCUAUGUUGAAGUGGGUUAAAGCACUCACCAUGGCUGCUCUUAUGCAAAAUUCCACUGAUCAGCAGCAAAAACAAAAUGAUCGAGUAGCUGCGAAAACAGAGGAUGACGACGAAGGAGCAUGUCCGACUUAUGCAAACGCUCCUCCUAAACCAAGAAGAUCUAAUGAUGGAUACAAUUCACCUAGUCCUGAUAUGUACGAUCCAAAUUAUGAUCUACUUAAAAAACCUGCAUCACAGUAUAGUCAAGGCACCAACCACACUCGAUACCCGGACACAAACUAUAGCACUAAACAGGAGAUUUACACUCGCAACCUGCAAUCACCGCCCACGCAAAUGCCUUUUCAAACUAAACGGCCUUAUGAUACGCAGAAUUUGUCAUUACCAUUAACAAAUACUGUUUCAGAAUCACUAGGUAAGAAUCAUACACCCUCCAUGAACAAAUCUAACCCACAAUCUCCUUAUUUUGACACUAGGAAAAAUCAGCAACAGCAACAGCCAGAUGAUAAAAUCGAAAGUAGUUAUGAAAAGCAACCAAACUACAAUCCUUUUCUCCAAGAUUAUGGGGAGAGAAUUGAACAGAAACACAAAGACGACGAAGUAACCCGACCUCCGGCUGAUGCAAAUAAAACUUUGUUUCACAAUGAGAGUUAUCCUGAGUCUCAAAUGAAUACUAAACCAUACGUCGAUGCAAGUGUAUAUGGAAGGGAAAUGUAUAGUGACCUAAAUAAUAAAUUCACCAAACUGUCAAGUACAAUGAAUGAGCGUUUAGCUGAAAGACGUACUCCAGACGCUUAUAGAAGAUCCAAAACGAUGUCAUCAUAUAAUAACGAAAAUAUUGGGGACUAUGAAGACAUUUAUGCAGCAUACGGCAACGAAAAAUUGAAUGCAAAGUCACCAAAUCCAUCGCGCGAUGCUGUGAGUCUGUCUAAUCCCAAAUCUCCACAAGAUCAACUUGUUUAUGCUCAAGAAAAAGUUUUUAGUGGGCCUUCAGUUUUACGAAGGAAGAAGAUGCAGGCAAGUGGUAUUCAGCCACCAAUGCCGCGUCCUCAUAGUGCUGAUUUUCUAGAAUAUGAAUCAAAAAAUGAGGUUCUUAACAAAACUAUGCCAUCACGAAGUAAUUACGAUCCACCGAAACAACCACAGCGUCCCAAAUCGAGCCUAGAUAUUAAUUCUUAUUAUGAUCCUAGUUCAGAUAAAUAUUAUUCUGAGGAAAGUUAUGCACAAAAAAUGAGACAGUCAGCACAAUAUUUGCAACAACAAAGACUUGGGCCUAGGAAUAUACAAAUUCCAUUAGAUAAAUAUGCAAGCGGACUAGCUGAGAAACAAUUGCAGUCACCAUAUGCUCAAACUGUCAAUAAUAAUUAUGAAACUGAGUUUAAUGUCAAUCGAAAUAUUCGAGAUAACGUCAGUCAUAAUUCAAAGUAUAGUGAUUUAGAAGCAAUGAACUCUAAUUGGACAUUAAAAGAGAAAAAUCUAGAAAAGCAUAAGGAUUAUUUUAACCGAAGCGGUAGUGUGAUAAGCGAUGGCUCUAAUAUGAGUGGCGUUGUUAAUGAUGCAAACAGAUAUGAAUCGAAUAUUGAAGGAUUUAUUAGAUCUGCAAGUGCAAGACUUCCUUCAUCUACUGAAAGAGAAGGUGAAAAGAAAGUACAACAGCGUGAAGAAUCGAUGAAAAGACUUUUAGAGUGGAAGCAAAGAAUGUUACAAUCUCCUCUUACGAGAAAAAGCACUCCAGCAACCAUUUCUUUAGCGAGAUCUUUAAAUCAAAGCAGACAAUCGUUGCGGUCAGACCAGUAUAAGCCUAAGUCGUAUAAAAACGCAUCAUAUAACAGUUAUUCUUCAGACGACGAAGAAGAAAGACCGGGCACUGAUCUGCAAAAUACGAGAGAUAUGCAGGCAGGAAGGUCCCAUAAUGUUAAUGCCACUAGCCCUACCUUAUCGCGGCUGACUUCUCCGCACGCGCUUAGUUCUACUUCACUCGCAGAAAGUAUAUUAACUGAUCAAGCAACUUCGUCUGUUGUAGAAAAUACUUAUGAAAAUAUUCUCUGCACAAUUUCUCUGCCUAAAAUAGUUACUGAUAUCGACAGUGGCGAGGAUGAGUUCAUAAAUUUUAACUCCAUUAAGAAGGAACCAGAGGUAGUUCCGUCGACCUCCAGGGGAACCGUUAAUAAAAUGGAAUGUUCACGUGAAUCACAAUUAAGUGAUAAUGAAGGUUAUGAAACGCAUGAUAGUGAAGCUGACUCAGAAACAAACAUUGAAUAUACAGAUAAUGACUUAGAUGAAGUUUUGUUGGCAUCGGACAAUGAAGUUGAAAAUUUCAAUGAAAGUGUUGCUGUGAAAGUAAAUAUGGACAACGUACCUGCAGUUACAGAAGAAAAAAUAGCUAAAAAGUCAGAAACACCGCCAGUUCGUUUAUUAGGGGAAGAUCAUUAUCUGCCCAUGAGUCCACGAAAAAUUUCUACCAUCGAACCAGCGCAUAAAACAAUAUUGGAAAAUAUAAGCGUUUUUGGUCAAAAUAUGCCAUUUAAUUAUGAAGACAACCCUUACGUAGAAAUGAAUGUGGGUAACGAAGAGGAUGAUACGCAAACUUAUGAGAUAGUAUGCGUAAAUAACGAAAAGUCAGAACCAGUUUAUAUGGAACUAAGUAGUGUAAUAUCACAAAUAAAAUCAAAUGAAGACUCAGUUAAAUCAAAUACAUUAAUUGAUACAGCAUCUAAUUUUGCAAAUACAAAAGAACAAACAUUGAAAAGGAUUUCUAAAGAAGAAAAAAGCUCUAAGGAGAGAUUAGAUUUAUCUGAAGCCGAAGAAGAAGAUAAAGAAAAUUCACUGGAUUCACCUUUCAAUAGAUUUAGUAUUUCUGAUAAUUUUCGCCCAGCUUCAUAUUAUCUUGGCGGUAGCAGAUCUACAUUAGAAAGACCAGAAAGUUUUGAUAGUGAAAUAGUACAGGCUCUAGUACCGAGUUCCUCGCCUCCAUUUGAUGCUACGUUAGAUGAAGAACUUUCUAAGUAUAUAUUAGAUAAACUAGAUAAAUCUGAUAUUUCACAAGAUAAUUCUAUAAUUAAAAUGUUAACAAGGGAAAAUCAAAAAAUGAGUAAGGUAAAAAAGAAAACAACAUCUCUAAUGAUAUAUAGCAGUCAUACUUCGAUUCACGACACUCUUUCAAGGGGCGAAAAAAUUCGUCAUAGCAGGGCAAGUCUAACAAGUGAAAAUAAUAAGUAUCUGGAAACGUCAAGCCAAUUUUUAAAUAAUUUUAUCGUAGAAAGACUUAACAAUAGUGAUAACGAAACCGAUUCUUUUGAAAGUCAUAAAAUAAACAAAGAAAGAUCAAGGUUAUCCUUAGAGUCAGAUGUGAGUAGUAAAUUUGAUGCGGCACCUUCAACUGAAUCUGAUUCUAUUGUAGAUUUGCGACACCCAUUUGAAAUAUCUAAUUUCGAAAAUGAGAAUAAAAGACGACCUCUGUCUGAUCAUUCGAUAUAUGAAUUUAAUGAAUCUGAAAUUCCUAAUCUAAGUAACGAUUACUCGAAUAUUAAUUUAGAUACCUAUUUACAAACUUUAAAAAGUCCUACUAUGGAGUAUAGUAUAAAACCUCAUUGUUUUGCAUCAAAUAGGAUUAGCACAAACAGUGACAUACUGAAAAAUAAUAAUUCAACUAUUAACAACGAAAAUACUAUUGGUCAUGCUCGUUCGUCAAGUACACCUGUAACUCAAAAUUUAGUUUUAGUUUCUGACGAUGGAAGAAGCAGUUCCGAAACUCAGUCCAGAUGUCUUAGUAAAAAUGGCAUCGAACACACAGGGUCCCAAAGCUCAUGCAGUUCUAUUGGAUUACCUAUGUCACCAUUUUCUUUUUAUCGAAAAGAAUACAAUGGCGAUACAAUAAAAAAGAAAAAUCUAAACAAUAAUGUAUUGGCUGAUAAAACAAAAGAAUUUGACUCUGAGAAAUUGUCUUUAAGACCAGCCUUGGAAACAGCUAGUUCUUCUGCUACGACUGGAUUUCAUAGUAGAGAAAGCUCGACAGAACAUAGCGCACCAUAUUAUUACUCAGAUCUUUCGUCACAAGAACAUAUUAAUGUGCUUCCUGUGUCACAUUUUCUAAAAAAUACAAAUAUUCAUCGUAAGUUAAAUAAUCAAAGAAGGAGAAUUCCAACGCAGAAAAAAAAUGAAAUAACACAUAUCCAUAAUCCGAUACGCAGUAAUCAAAUCGUAAUAUCUGAACAACCUUUCGAUUUAGCAGCUUCUGCUAAAAGUGUGUCAGUUGAAUUUUUAAGUGCUGUUGAGAAAAAUCCAGAUUUUGAUUUCAAAAACAUAUAUGAGUCAACUAGUAACAAAGCUUCUAAAAUACCAGAAUCAAUGAACUUAAUCUCUAGUCUUAGUUGUAAAAAGAGUUCAAACAAAAAAAACUAUGACCAUAUUUCGUCACCAAACCAAAGCAAUCACAAUAACGUGCAACGUGUUUCAACGGGAAGCAUGUCUUCCCACUGUAGCGAAAAUUCUUCCAACACAGUUUACUACGAUGCUGAAAACGAAGCAAGUGCUUAUGAAAAUGUUAUAUAUCACGGAGAGAAGCAUUGGGAUGAGGAUAUUUUGUGGCGGGACAAUUUAAGACGUGUGUCUCAUCGCCAUGCUCGAUCUUUGGACGAUUUAGAUGCUAUAUCUAUUGAAAAUUCUAUACAAGACAGACCUUAUGUUAAUGCGACUGCAAUGAAUAGCAUAAAACGUAUAAAAAAAUCUAUUUUGAAUAAAUCUAAGUCUAAUUCUACUUAUGUUAACUGUGACAUUCAGGCUCAAGUCAAAGUAGAUAGGCAAAUAGAUUCUCAGAGCGAAGAUAAGGACGAAAACGAUGUUUACGUUAGUCUAGCAAAAGAUUCUGAGAUUAAUCAGGAGCAAACUGAUGAAGGUGUAUAUGAACAGCUUACAAUAGAAUCAACAGAAAACGCGCCAACGCCUAGAAAUUGCAAUAAAAAUAGACGAAAAUUUGAAAUAGACAGAGAAAAUCUGCGGCAAUGGGAUUUAAUGUCUAGCGGUUUAAUGAAAGGCGAAUUAGGUCGCGUGCGGAGUACAGUCGUAGGUAUGCGUGCCAGUGAACAUAUAGGAAGUUAUAACACGGACAAUGGAACUGACAGUGCAAACAAUGAAGCUUCUAUGACGAUGUCUGGCACAAAUAUCGAACCAAGCCCAACUAACAAUAACAACAAUCAUACAAACCAGCAAAAUUUAUCAAAAAAAUCGUUUCUCGGAAGUAACACAUCCAUUGGGAGGGGUAAUAGGGAUGGCAAUAUACCAGUGAGGGCCGUUAGCCCAAGAGUCCGAUGGGUAGAAGAAAAACCUUCAAAUGAGCAAUAUGACUCACAACAGAUAACGACAUCGCAACAAAAUUUAAAUACAUCGGUGACAGCAGAAGAAUCAUGGGCUAGGUCACCACCAAGAGCUCAACAACAACCUAUCAGAGCUGUGAGCCCAAGAAUACGAAGGAAUACUGAAAAUGAUGAUAUGCGUAAGGAGGUUCAUAAUCAAGACAUGAGCGAUAUCCCAACUGCCGGUGAACUUCUUGGGAGAAGUCACGAGGAGUUAGUUCUACUUUUGAUUCAGUUGAGAAGACGUCAUACAGCGACUCACCGAGCCAUUGAAACUUGCUGUGCCCAAAUUAGUAGUAUUAAGGAUUGUUUGAGCUCAUUAAAGGCCAUGGAGCGAGAAGAAAGUUUACAACGCUUAGAACAGUUGAAAAUGCAAUUAAUGGAACUUGAAAACCAGUAUGAAAAGAGCAAACCUUUAGUACAAUUAGUCGAUAAUAUGGUUAAAUUAGGGUCACUUUACAAUAGACCUGGUUCAACUAUUGAGAGGUUGGAAAGAAAUCAGAGACUGAGGCAAAAAGUCUUAGCUGAACAUGCUCUGGAGCAACAGAGGUAUCUUAAAACAUUAAACAUCUUAAAUACUUUGACAAAUAUUUUCAGAUGGCUAGAAAGCGCGGCAGCUGGUAAAGCCCUAGAAACUGAAGCCGCUAGAGUGAGGGUCGCAGAACUAUGGGCUUUGGAACAAGAAUUAGCUGAUGAGGCAGCUAUACUCCAAGGACUUAAAACUGAUAAAGAUGCUAUUGAUUCUUUACUUACUGGAGUUCGCAGCAAACUCGACAGUGUCAACAUCAGUGGAAGAUCUCAGACGUCGAGUGGCUUAGAAGUUGAGCUCGCCCGAGUGCAUGCCAUGUUGGCGCACAAUUCUAAGGUUUAUAAGGUUUUCAUACAGAAACUGGAGCAAACAGUAGCAGACAACGCGCGGCUAGAGAGAGAGCUUCAUCACUUGAGGCGAGCAUUACGCGCGCAGAGAGGGAGCGCUGCGCACACGCCGCACCCUCACCCCACGGCUCUGCUGGAGGACGAGGUAUCAAGAGUCCAGCAUCUGGUGUCAGCGCUACAGCGCCAGCGACAAGAACUGAGCCGCGCGGUCAGACAUCUCACGCAACAGUCACACGCUUUGCAAACCACUCACAACUCUAUGCCUGGUAAACAACCUCAACCGCAUCACAUUAGAAACCAAACCUCAUCAAGCUCAUCAUGGCAGGAAACUAAUUUAGAUACAGGACACACAGUCGAGCAUGGUCAAUCUGAUUACGACUAUGAAAUGUCAGGCCCGGUUCUUCCUCCUGGACAUUAUGGUCAAAGCAACGUUGAGACACCACUAUAUGUUGACACGAGAACGCCUGGAAUGGAUGUGGCGUCACCAAUUAAUAGUGAAGAUAUGCAGCAUACAGCUUUUGGUAACCUAUCAAACGUAGAAAAACAAGAGAUCAAAACUGUUCGCAUUGUUAAAAGAGAGAGUGAGAGACGCCAUAGAGACAGAGAAAGAUCCUUGCAACCGAUGUCUGAUUGGUCUACCAGCAAUAUCACUGCCAAUCUAGACCAGUUUCUAGAAGAAGAAUUAGUGCAGCCCAUAAAUAACUAUCGAGCUUCAUCGCUACCACGAACAGAUUAUAACAAAUAUGAAGAAUACUACACGAAGACACAAAAUGAAACUCCGAACUAUCUUCGCCAUAACGAGAAAAAUAUGGACCAAAGUCCGAAAUACCCAUCAAGUCCCUCCCUAUCCAACUACGAUUAUUCCAGAGACAUAUCAUCUUUGAGUAGCAGUUAUCAUAAAGGCUAUGACAGAUACGAUCGUACCGUUUCUCUAUCGACUCAAUAUUUGAACAGCCCUACAGAUAGUUCUAGAACAUUAACUAAUGAUCCUAUGUCGAAAACAAGCAGUAUUGCCAGUUUGACGAGAUCUAAUAUGGAGUUGUCUCCGAUAUUCAAGAGUGAAGCUGCAAAACAGAUCAUAACUGAAAUGUCGGGAGAUAAAACUAAUAAUGGUUCCCUGCACAGACGACAAGUUCCAAAGGAGAAGAGGAGACACUACACGGCACCGCAUCAUUUAAGUGCUAAGACACUCAAUGAAAUGCCUAAGGAUGUUUUCAAUCAAGACGCUUUAGGUAGAUCGUUGGACGACGCCGACAUGGAGCGUGCUCUGCGAGGCGCGGCGCCGGACGUGGUCCGGUCUGCACUGCCCUCGAGGAAAAUUCCAGACUCUAUCGAUCAACUGUUGGCAGCUCCUCAGAAAAUCAUCAUACCUGAGCGCUACAUACCUGAAAAACCCCCAGAACUAUCACCAGAAGAACAGCAGAAAAGGCAGGAAAAAGUAGAAUCUAUCAAGAAGAUGCUGACCGGUUCUUCAGCCGAUCCAAGCAAGAGCCCGGACGGCGAAGAGAAGAGACAGCGAGAACACUUGCUCCAGAUGAACCAGAUCCUCGCCAAGCAGGUCACUGAGAUGAGCAAGAUCAUAGCUGUAAAAGCAUUGGAAGAGCUGCCUCUCCAGGAUAAUACGGAUGAUUACGAAGACCGAUCGCCCGAUGUCGAAUUGCCUAUCUACCAACAAAGAGAUAACUUCUUUACCUGAAGCUUUGUGACGAACAUUCAAACUUUAAAUUAAUUUCAAUCCAGAUUUAAUAUCACGAAACAUCUUGAA